UUAUUUAUUCUGUUUCUCAGUCAUCUGAAAGAUUAGUUAGAUUCUUGAGAUGGCGACCUUUGCCAGACCUGAGAAUGCUUUGAAACGUGCUGAAGAGUUGAUCAAUGUUGGACAAAAGCAUGAAGCUCUCGAGGCUCUUCAUAGUUUUAUUACCUCAAGGAGGUAUAGAGCAUGGACAAGGACACAUGAGAGGAUACUGUUCAAGUAUGUAGAGCUAUGUGUCGAUAUGAGGAGGGGCAGGCAUGCUAAGGAUGGUCUUAUUCAGUAUCGUAGUAUCUGCCAACAAGUUAACAUUAAUUCGCUGGAGGAGGUGAUAAAGCAUUUCAUGCAGCUGUCCACUGAGAAAGCUGAGCUUGCACGUAGUCAAGCACAGGCCUUAGAAGAAGCUCUAGAUGUAGAUGAUUUAGAAGCUGAUAAAAGGCCUGAAGAUCUGAUGUUGAGCUAUGUUAGUGGUGAAAAAGGAAAAGAAAGAUCUGACCGUGAGCUUGUCACUCCAUGGUUUAAGUUCUUGUGGGAGACAUAUAGAACGGUGUUGGAAAUUUUACGCAACAACUCAAGAUUGGAGGCUCUGUAUGCGUCAUUAAUUAUUAGAAGCUAUGGAAAUUAUGCAUACUUGAAACUUGACAUAAAGAAUCUGAAGUGCAGAAUAUACAUCUUAGUUAACUUCUUGAACCUAUUUGUACAGAGUUUGUUCCAUGAGAGAGUGGUUAGUCGUAGGGAGGCUGAAUUUAACAGACUUGAGACGGAGAGAGAGGAGAGGAUCAACCAAAUUAUUCAAUCAAGGAAACAGGAAAGAGAGGCUAAGAGGAAAUCUUUGUAUUACCUGAGAUGUGAGGAGGAGAGACAAAUAAGAUUGCAUGAAGAGGAAGAAGCACGGAAGCAUGAAGAGAUGGAGAGGCGGAAGAGAGAGGAGGCUGAGCGUAAAGCCAAGUUGGAUGAGAUUGCUGAAAAGCAGAGGCAACGUGAGAGGGAACUGGAGGAGAAAGAACAGCGGAGGAGAGAGGCGCUUUUGGGGAGAUCAAGUACCGGGCCAUCAAGGGUUGCCGACUUGUCUGCCAUGCCACGUCCAGUGGAGGCAGCACCCCCUGCUACUGCUCCUACUUCAGCUGCAGCUGCUCCAACUCCAGAUAAGUAUGUGCCCAGGUUCAAACGUAUGUCUGCAGAAGGUGGUGGGGCCCAGGCCCGGCCUGCGGAAAAUGAUCGGUGGGCCAGUGGUGGUAGUAUCAGGAAGGACGAUCGUCCAUCUCAACCUGGUGACAGGUGGCGUGAUGAUCGUAGUACUUCCUUUGGUGGUGGUCCCCCAAAGUCGACAUCCACUUGGUCAUCCUCCAGGACUCGCGAUCGUUGAGUCUGAUGAUUUAUUGAUUUUGAAGAUUUUGGCUGCUACAGUGUGGUUUAAAUAAUUUUUAUAGGCAUUUUCUUUCGCUAUCAUCCUUGAUUUUGCAGAGUCUGGGAAUGUUUCUUUUUAAAUUAUAAUGUUUGACUUGUCAUGGAAUUUUGAAAGAUUUAAAUUUCUGUAAUGUUUCCAUAUGGAUAUUGAACUAUUUGAAAUCAUUUGCAAAUAAUUGUUUA